CUAAAACUUCACUUGGUGGCCAGAUCUGCUCACGCUGAUUCCUUUCUUCUCCUUUGUCUUAUCUCGGAAGGAUUUGAAGGACACCGAGAUGAACCAAGCCCGACCUCGCUAUGUUGUCGACCGGGCUGCGUAUUCUGUUAACUUCUUCGAUGAAGAGUUUGAGAAGAAAAAGAGAAGUUAUCCACUUGGGGAAAAAGUCAAGAACCUUUUCAGAUGUUCAUCAUCCAGGUUCAAAGUCAUCAUCUACAGUCUGUUUCCAAUACUCGUUUGGCUCCCUAAAUAUAAAAUUAAAGACUACAUUGUGCCCGAUGUCCUUGGGGGAAUCAGUGCGGGGACCAUUCAAGUGCCACAAGGGAUGGCCUUUGCACUGCUUGCCAAUCUGCCUCCCAUCAAUGGACUCUACUCCUCCUUCUUCCCUUUGAUACCCUACUUCAUCCUAGGUGGCGUCCACCAGAUGGUCCCAGGCACCUUUGCUGUCAUCAGCAUUAUCGUUGGGAGCGUCUGCCAUGAUCUGGCUCCUGAGUCCGAUUUCGAAUACUUUAACCAUACCACCAAUGAGAUAAACAUCAACAACACAGCCAUGGAGGCAGCCAGACUGGAGAUUUCCGCCACAUUAGCUUGUCUGACAGCCAUCAUACAAAUCUGUCUGGGAUUCGUGCAGUUUGGCUUUGUUGCCAUCUACCUCUCGGAAUCCUUCAUCCGGGGCUUCAUGACUGCAGCAGGGCUCCAGAUCCUCAUCUCGGUGCUCAAAUAUGUCUUUGGCUUGACGAUCACAGCCUACACUGGGCCCUUGGCCAUCGUUUAUACAUUUAUUGAUAUUUGCAAAAAUCUCCCCAAGACCAAUGUGGCCUCCUUGAUCUUCGCCCUGAUCAGUACUGUGCUCCUGAUUAUUGUGAAAGAGCUCAAUAUGAAAUACAUGAAGAAGAUCCGGGUGCCCAUCCCCAUGGAGAUCGUCAUAGUCAUAGUAGCUACUGCGGUGUCCGGCUGCUUGAACAUGCCUGAGAAAUACAACAUGCCAAUCGUUGGGAAGAUUAAGAUGGGCUUCCCAGUCCCCACACUCCCACUGGUGAGCAAGUGGAAAGAUAUGAUUGGCACUGCUUUCUCACUUGCCAUUGUGGGCUAUGUGAUCAACCUGGCCAUGGGACGGACCCUGGGAACCAAACAUGGCUAUGACGUGGACCCCAACCAGGAAAUGCUUGCCCUGGGCUGCAGUAACUUCUUUGGAUCCUUUUUCAAAAUCCAUGUGAUCUGCUGUGCUCUGUCUGUAACCCUAGCUGUGGACGGGGCUGGAGGAAAAUCUCAGAUGGCAAGUUUCUUUGUAGCACUGGUGGUUAUGAUAACCAUGCUGGCUUUGGGAAUCUACCUCGACCCCCUUCCAAAGGCUGUGCUGGGAGCCCUGAUAGCAGUCAACCUGAAAAACUCCCUCAAGCAGCUGGCUGACCCCUUCUACCUGUGGAAGAAAAGCAAGCUGGACUGUUUGGUCUGGGUGGUGAGUUUCCUGUCGGCUUUCUUCUUGGGCCUGCCGUUCGGACUCGCUGUCGGCGUGGGAUUUUCUGUGCUGGUGGUGGUUUUCCACACUCAGUUUCGUAAUGGCUCUGCCCUGGGUCAGGUAACUUCCACUGACAUUUACAAGAACCCCAAAACCUACAAUAAGGUCAAUGAACUUGAUGGGAUUAAAAUUGUGACCUACUGCUCCCCACUGUACUUUGCCAACUCAGAGAUAUUCAGGGAGAAGGUUAUAGCGAAGACUGGGGUAGACCCCGGCAAAGUGUACUUAGCCAGAAAAAAAUACGUGAAACACCAGGAGAAGAAGGCGGCAUCACAAAAAACAACGAAGCUGCAAAAAUUGUUCUUCAGGAACAAGAAGACCUUGUCAGUGCAAGAGCUCCAGAAAGAUUUUGAAAGCACCUCUCCGACGGACACCAACAACAACCAAACGACUGCCAAUGGCACCUGCAUCUCCUACAUCCCAUUCCACCCCCCCACAAACAAUGCCGGGCAGGUCAAUACCUCAAGUGAGCUGGGCAGCAUCUCGAGCCAUCGAGGCAGCACUUGCAGCGUCAGCCCAGUUGCAAACAUCGACCCGAUGAUCACAGCACCGCCCUACGUCAGCUUCCACACCGUUAUCUUGGACAUGAGUGGAGUGUGCUUUGUGGAUCUGAUGGGCACAAAAGCUCUGGGGAAGCUGUGUUCCAGCUAUCAGAAGAUUGGUAUUAAAGUCUUCCUGGCAAACGUACAUGCCCAGGUGUACCAUGACAUUAGCACAGGCGGAGUCUUCGAAGAAGAGGGCCUGGACCCAAGUCACAUCUUCUUGACCAUCCACGAUGCUGUUCUGUUUGCGCUGGCAAAUGCCAAAGGAGUCUUCCGUCCUCCUGGUUUAGAAGAGAGACCAAGUCAGACAGAGCUCUCCAUCUAUGAUGAAUCUGUGGAUGAAAGCAGUGCAGAAUUCAAGAACUUGGAGGAGGAGAUGUUUGGAACCAUGUUCCGUUCGGAGGCCCAGACAGCGCUGUAAGUGCCUGGGGGAAUGUUAAAGUGCUGGCAAAGCCUCCAGAACUGACUAUUCUCACGUAUUCCUUUAUGAAGAAGUUUCCCCUGUCUGAGUGGUGCGCAGAACAGCCUUUCUGUGCUUCCAGCCCGGGGUAGCAGUGAGGUUGUGAGGCAAGGGGCCGUCAUACCUCUCCUCCUGACAUCCUCUCUCCUCCUUCCCUCUGUGUGUGGAAUUCAGAGCAAUGGACUCUUGGAGCAGGUAACAGAACACAACAGAAGCAGGAACUCAGGAAAUAACGUUCAUCUACACGUAGAAGAGCAGCAACUUAAUUUAAUGGCAAGUGCCUCCAGGCAGAAGGAUUAUUAAUAUCCGUCAUCGCUGUCAACCCUAUCUCUGUCCCUCCUCCUCCAGAACCCACUCACAUACCCAGCCAUAAGGGUUGCAUAACACAGGCAUCACCUUUGUUUUCCUUCCUUUUUCCAACGAGGUGACAUAUAAGGAAAUUUACAAGCCUUUCCUGGCUUUGAUUCAUAACCACAAGUAACCCUCUCAAGAUGCAGUGACGCAGGUUUGCAAGGUGAUAAUAUUUUAAAAUGUGCACUGACCUUUUGGGAAUCUGCACGCUGAAUUUAAG